CGCCCCCGACGCGCACUGCAUGGCUCCGCCACACACACACCCCCGCACGCCGUGCUUCCAUGCCACCUCCGCCACGCACCGCUCCAUAACUAUCUCCGCCUCCGCGACCUCCCCUCCCCGCCUUUCCAACGACUCGAUCGAUCGACCACCAUAUAAAAUGUGCUUACGUAGCUUACACCUACUACACAUAACACAGAGCUAGCUCAUCUCCGUUCUGCUCUGCCACUGCCAGCCCAAUCCCGGGCCGACACAGCAAGCCACCGGUCCUUCUUCCGGAGUAUAUAUAGCUUGGCGCUGAAGGUGGUGGAGCGUGAUGAAUAACCAGUGUGUGCCGAGGUGGGAUCUGGACGAGACGGUUGGCGCGGGGCUCAACCCGGUGCCCGCCGGCUCGGCGCAGCGCAUGGCGUCUGGAGAUAGCGGUCUGACGGAGCCGGUCGCCAUGCCCAUGCCGGACCAGUACGACGAGGUGGCGGAGCUGACGUGGGAGAAGGGCAACAUCUUCUGGCAGGGGCUGCUCAACCGGUCGGUGCCCAAGUACCCGGCCGCGCCGGCGCCGGCGCAGAUGCACGCCAUCGGCGGCGCGGGAGAUCACCGGGAGACGCUCGAGGCAGUGGUAGGCGAGGCGGCCGCUCGCUUGUCGACUCAGUCGACGUCACACCUCGGGCAACCGUUGCGUGCAGCAGCCGCGCCUUGGCUCGGUGUGGGCGCGCCGGCCGACGGGCUCGUGCCGUGCGCGAGGGGUGACGACCCGGCGGAGGGGGACGUGCAGAGGAAGCGGGCACGGGUGGUGGGCGAGGACGGGCGGGUGUGCGCCAGCCAAGGGAGCGCCGCGCCCGGCCGCGGCGAGAGCUCGCUGCUCACUCUGGAGCCUUGCGGCACCGGCGCUGACGACUUGUGCGGGUUCACGACGACCAACAACUCCACGUCGCUGGACCAAGGCUCCCCGGAGACGGAGAACACCAGCUUCGGCGGAGGCGCCAGCGACUCCCGCUGCUUCAGCCGUCGGUCGCAGAGAGACGGGCUGUGCGACGAAGCAGAGAACGUCGUGGUCAAGGGGGAAGCUCCCAUGAGGUCGUCCAUUUCCACUAAGAGGAGCCGGGCUGCUGCCAUCCAUAACGAAUCUGAGCGUAAAAGAAGGGACAGGAUCAACCAGAAGAUGCAAACGUUGCAAAAGCUCGUCCCCAACUCAAGCAAGACGGACAAGGCGUCGAUGCUGGACGAGGUGAUCGACCACCUGAAGCAGCUGCAGGCGACGGUGCAGAUGAUGAACCGAAUGAGCAGCAUGAUGAUGCCCAUGGCCAUGCCGCAGCUGGCCCAGAUGUCCGUCAUGACCCAGAUGGCCCAGAUGGCCCAGAUGGCGCAGAUGGGCCUAGGAAUGAUGAACAUGGCCGCCGGGCCACUCGCCCAGCCCGCCUAUCCCGGCCUCGCCCAGCCCAUGAUGCACCCGUCCACGCCUUUCGUCCCCAUGCAGCCCUGGAACGCCGGCGCCGGCGCCGACCGGCAGAAGCAGCCCGCCGCCGCCGCCGUGCCGGACGCCUACUCCGCCUUCCUCGCCUGCCAAGCGGCGCAGCAGAACGCGCAGCUGCAGCAGCAGCAGCAGCAACAGCAAGCUCAACCGAACGGCAUGGAGGCGUACAGCCGGAUGAUGGCCAUGUACCAGAAGCUAGGCCAACAGCAGACCCAGCCACGCAGCUCCAAAGAGUGAUCGUACAAACUGGUACAAGCGCCUGGAUGUACAGCAUUUCCCUUUGGACAUGAAAAAUCUGUCGACGCACCGCAAGCACCCUGCAACAUCGCGUAUAUUUACACUCCAAAAACUGCACAUGAUUUGUUGUAUUGGAAUCAUUCUAGCUUGUAUAUGGUUUUGACAUCGCUUUAUUUAGCCUGUAUGUACAAGUCACCGCCAGUUGCUUACAUGAAGAAGAUGUGUUUGUAGUACUAUCACCCACUUGCACAUGAUUUGGAUUUGGACAAUGUUGAAUACAUGUGUUGCAUGUA